AUGGCACUAAUACCAGAGAAGCCCGAUGUGGCCCAGCAAAUCUUACAAAUUGAAGAACAACUUGCUCGAGAUAUAGAGCGAUGUUCUCUGGACGAACGUGUCGUCUACAUGUACAACCCCAUUGACUAUGCUCGCAUACCCCAUGAGAUGUUUUUGAAGCGAUACAUGAAUUCAACAAAAAAGGUUCUCUUCUUGGGUAUGAACCCAGGUCCAUGGGGCAUGUCGCAAACGGGAGUGCCAUUUGGAGAAGUAACCAUGGUCAAAGACUUUCUGAACAUCACUGGCCCGACCAAGAAGCCGAGCAAGGAGCAUCCGAAACGAUUAAUUGAAGGAUUUGCGUGCCAAAAACGAGAAGUCAGUGGGCAAAGGUUUUGGUCCUUGAUAAAGCACUUGUAUGGAACACCUGAAAACUUCUUUUCCUCGUGCGGUGUGUACAAUUUGUGCCCAGUGGCUUUCAUGACCGAUACAGGAAAGAACCUGACACCGGUUGACAUGGCAGCAGCCUACAAAGGAAGGAUUUUUCAACUGUGUGACGAAGCCCUAUCGCAAGUGAUUGAAAUGUUGGAAGUCAAAACCAUUAUAGGGAUUGGUCGCUUUGCGGAGGCCCGAGCUAAAUUGGUGCUAAAAUCGAUGGCUAACUCUGAAAUAUUGGUUAAAUUUCUUAAUCAUCCUAGCCCUGCCAGUGCCACUGCCAACCGGAAUUGGCAAGAACUCGCUCUUCGACAGCUCGGUGAUAUGAACGUUUUGGACGUCAUAAAAACUACCAACAUAAGUUGAUCCAUCUUUGAAACAAAUACCCGAACAAAUACAAAAACCCUUCAUUCAUUA